GAACUUGAAAACAAGAAUGGUCAAGGACAAGCAGGAACAUCCCGUGGACCUACCUGCCAGGACAUUUCAGAAGCUUCAGAAGCGAAAUCAGAAGACGAAGUCAAGAGGAACUGCUGCAGCAGCAGCAGCUGGGAGCAACACUACAUUUUCGCUUCAGCUUCAAGAAUAA